AUGUACCUUGCACCCAAUGAGGUCCGAGAUAUCUACUCCAAGAAGUUCCCUGAGUUGGAGUCCAUCGUGACCAGCCCAUUGGAUUAUCUGCAGGUGGUGCAGCGAAUUGGAAACACCAAGGAUCUCACAACCAUCGAUUUCUCAGAUAUCUUGCCGAACACUGCAGUCAUGGCCAUCACUGUUACGGCCUCCAUGACCGCAGGGACCCAACUUCCAAGGCAGGAGCUGGACAAAAUGCUGGUGGGCUGCGACGAAGCUUUCUUGCUCAAUGACUGCAAGCGAGACGUCCUGCUGUACUUGGAGAGUCGAAUGUCCGGCCUUGCGCCAAACUUGUCAGCCUUGCUGGGUGCUGCGCUGGCCGCCAAGCUGAUUACUGCGGCGGGCGGUCUUCUCAACUUGGCCCGCAUGCCAGCGCAAAACAUCAUCCUGGUGGGCUCGCAAAAGAAGUCUCUGUUAGGUAUGGGCUCAGGAGCAUACAGUACACAAGGUAUCAUUUUCUUGAGCGACCUCAUUGUGAGUACUCCCAUGGAGUUCCGCAACCGAGCUGUGAAACUGGUGGCUGGAAAGUGUGGCCUGGCAGCGCGCGUGGACUCCUUCCACGAGUCGCCACUAGGACAGGUGGGCACGCAGCUUCGAGAGAAGAUCCUACAAUCUUUGGCCAAGGCGCAGGAGCCUCCACCAGCCAAGCAGAAGAAGACCCUGCCGCCUCCGGAAGAUCGACCGCGAGCCAAGCGCGGUGGCAAGAGGCCAGCUUCGAUGGAAGAAAUAGAUGGAUCUUCCUUGACAUUUGCCAUGGCUAUGUCGCUGCUGUCGUUGCUGGCUGCCGUUGCUGUGCCGCUGAUCGCGGUGUACACCGCCUGGCGUUUGGCCACCAGUUUACCCAAUGCCUCCAUUUGUCUCUUCGAACGGCACCAACGCCUAGGUGGUCGGAUCGCUUCCGUUCGUGGCUUGGGACCCAAGAAGGCGCCGGGUCUCGCGGUUCGGGGAUCAAGAGAUGUGGGCGUCUUGGCAUUCCUGGAACUCCAGGAUUUGGUGGUUGAAGGUGGUGCUUACCGCUUUGUCCCCGUGCCGGAGUGCAACGAGUUUGGUCUCCCGGGACAGCGCGUCACCAAGUGCGAGUGGACGCCGUUGACGGCGCACUUGGUGAAGGAUGCACUGAAACUGAAGACCAAGCUCUAUGAUCCCUUUCCAGGUGAUCAUUCCAAGAUGGAGAAAAUCGUCGACGCCUCCGGGCACAACGCGGGCUACGCCACCUUCGUCGAGCUCAUGGCGCAGCAGGCGGAGGACCUGAAACGUCUCAAGAUCUUCCUUGGCCACGAGGUGGUAGGCCUUCGUCGUUCCGAACGUGACACCAGUGGGGGCGUGGUCCUGUCCGUGAAAGGGCCCAACAAGACGUUCGAGGUGGGGGCCUCGGCUGUGUUGCUGAACAUUCCGCAGUUGCCCCUGCUGCGGCUGCUGCGAGCCAGCUCCCAGGUGGAUGAGGUGAUGUCUCCUCCUGCUGAUCUCUUCGCACCCAGCUCCUAUGCCAUCCUGAAGCUGUAUGUGCACUACGAGGAUGCAUGGUGGAGGAACUACCUGCAGCUCACGGGCGGCGAGUUUAGCAACAUGAUGGGCAGCUUCUCAGCCUGGGAAGCGCCCUAUCAGUUCCCACUGCCCCUGGAGGGCCGCUACUGGGAUGGCGACUUCCGCUGCGAUGGCGCCGACGCGGAGCGGCCCUGCCGAGGUUUCUUGGAAGCGAUCUAUGGUGGGGACGAUGCCAUCAUUGAGUCUUUCCGACCCUUCAUGCUGGCAGACCGUAAUGGGGACCCCAUCGUUGUCUUGGAUCAGCAGAAGGACAAGGAGUUACUGAAGCGCAUCCAUCGCAGCUUGGUGGCUUUCCAUGAGAAGCCCCUACGCAAGGCUGGUAAAUUGGAGCUUGUGAACGCCAGCCUCCCUGACUCCGCGGUGUUGUCCAGUUGGACGGCGGAGGCUGCGGGCUUCGAGGCUGGAUGUCACAACCUCAAGGCCGCGGGUUACGACAUGGAAGACAUCAAGCCUGUCUUCAACAGCAGUGCCAUCCUCAGAACUACACUAUCUGACCGUCUCCAGCGCUCCAAGUUUGUUCGUCCCCUGGGGCCUGAUGUUCGCGUCUUCUUGGCGGAUGAGGCCUUCGGGUGGCCAAGCUGCUGGGCUGAGAGCUCCUUGGUCUUGGCGGAGAUGCCUGGCUUGAACGACCAUGAGGCAUCGACGAUUGGUCCCAAGGCACCCAGUUGUGGUGGAGAUCCCUUUCUGCGCCACAUGCAGGGCACACGUCACCCGAGCCAAGGCGCCAAUUUGGAGGUCAGGAGCUGGUUGUCUGAGUUAGCAGUGCAUCGGCGAAUCAAGGAGAAGUAUGGCCAGUCUGAGUUUAAGAAGAUGCUGAAUCGAACCAAGUUCGGUGUGGAUCCAGAGGACAACAUCUACUCAGAGGAGUGGGGUUUGGGACUGCCGUACUUCGAAGGAAAGCCGGUUCCCCUGAAGGCUGCCAAGGUGCUGAUGGGCUGGUAUCUGGACAUUUCUUGGGACUAUUGGAAUACAUUGGAAUAUAUUGGAAUAUAUUGGAAUAUAUAUAUAUAUAUUGGAAUUCACAUCUGCCAAAAUUUGCCAAGAUCUGUUUUCAACAAUCAUAGUUUUUUAGUUGUUUUCUUUGUAAUUCAACUUGGAAAAAACUCCACUAUCUGUGUCAGGUGA